AUGAACCAUAUUAACGAUAUUCAAUUCAAAUUACGGGAUAAUGUGGAGCAACGUAAAAUACGAAUAUCGAAAUUCGGUGGUAAUUCUCAUGUAUCAAACCAAUUAAAUGAGAUGUUUAAGGUACAAAGUAUCAAAUAUUCGGAUCUUAAACAGCCAGAUUCCGGAAAAGAUAUUAAAAGAGGAGAGAAUGGAAAUGUUAUUAAAAAAAUCUAUUGUGGUACGGAGGUUGCUUGUAAAAGAAUACCGGCUGUUGUUGAUGAAGACGCCACUGACUCUCAAAAAAUUCAAACCGAAUUGAGUAUCCUCAGUUUAUUGGGAAAAUGCGACCACAUUAUAACUUUUUAUGGUCUUACUAAAGUAGAUAAAGAAAGCACCAUGGUUUUUGCUUGGGCAACACAUGGAGAUCUAAAAAUUUUUUAUGAAAAUCAUACUCUUGAUUGGUCCCUGAAACUAAAAUUUAUUCGUAAGAUCUUUAAAGGUCUUUAUUUUAUACAUAGUAAUAAUAUUCUACAUAAUGAUAUUCGUUGCAAGAAUAUUUUGGUUAAAGAUCUGACGGCUAAAAUCUCGGGGUUUGAAAUGUCUUGUAGUGUGCAAAGUAAUCCUUUACCUAUCAAGAACUUAAGUAAUUCCAUUUACUGGAUGUCUCCGGAAAUAAUGAAAGGAAUGCGUUACACUUAUUAUAGCGAAAUGUUUAGUUUUGGAAUGCUUCUUUGGGAACUUUAUUACGAAAGGGUUCCAUACAAAAAGAUGAAUGUGCAAGAGAUACAGGAAUAUGUUAUAAACAAAGGAAGAGAAACUCUAUACGUUUUUGAUAGCCCAAUUCAUAAAGAACUUACGGAGCUAAUUAGACGAGCAUGGCAAGAUGAUCCACAUGAACGUCCAUCCGAGGUCCAAGUCGAUGAAAAACUUGAGGAAUUAUAUAAGAAUCAUAUGCAUGAAUAUAUAUUACCUCCGGUCUCGAUUAAAAAAUCUCAAUAG